AGCAAAAAAAAAAUGAAAUUAUGAAAAAUAUUAAUAGCAUUCCACCCAUGAGGCCACUAGUUCAUCUGACUGCAGGAAAGGGCUGCUAAAUCAAUUGAAUGAGCAACAUUUAUGCAAAGUCCUCCAAUGGUACCCCUGAAGAGACAUGGAAUAAAAAGACAGGUAGCCCUAUGAUACAAAACACAACCCAACAUCAGUAGCUACAGAAAAGUUGGCUAUGUCAGGUAUGCUGAUGUAGUAGGGCAGGAAGUGAAAACCACUAAGAUACGCAGGAGAGAGAGAGAAGGAGAGAGAGUGAGAGAAAGAGAGAGAUCGACAGUACAUAUCAUCAGUGUCACUUCAUGUGCGUAUACACAGAGGGUCUGCUCUAACUGAGUGACACGGACGUGACCUGUUUUGAGAGCUCAUAAGACAUUGCAUCUUUGCUCUGAUGUACCGUCCGCGUUCUGACCACAUCCUGCUGGUCCUAUGCCUCCUGUUUCUGCUCUGUGUCCAUGGCAACACUCAAGACCAAGGCCCUACAUGUGAGGUGCGAGUGAAAAGAAACACCAUUUGGAAUGCUGUCCCUCAGAAAGCCCUAACAAUCAACUGCCCUGUGAGACACUGUGGAGAAAAGCUACACGCCACCUGGUGUAGAUUUGUGGAUCUAUUAAACUGCGAACAGAUACAUGAGACAGAGCAAGUCACAUUUGGAUGGAGGCAAAAAGAUAUUUUGAUUUUGAAUUUUAAAAAGAUAUCUAUCAAUGACGAUGGUUUGUACAGAUGUGGAGUUGCUGAAAAUGGGUCAACAACUGUUAGCCAUGCUAUCAAAGUCUCUGUCUCAGGUAACCAACCAAAGCUAAUUUAAUCUUUCAAUCUAAUGUCUUAGGAUGGAUCGAUAGAUACUAAGUUGUUCUGGAAGCCGUUGUUGUCUGACAAACGUCCGGGGGCGGCCUAGGAAAAACAUUAAGCCCUGGCAUUUUAGCCACACAUUACCGCUUGUGCACCAUCAUGCACUAUUACAUUUAGAGCCAAUCUAUUAAGGAACUGGCAAUACAUCUGUGUUGCCCUGUUUUCUUCCUAACUCCACUGCACUCACCUCUGAACUGCCUCUGCUAAGCCUCCCCAUAUAGUUAGUGACCUUACAUAUAUAAUAUAGAGCCAAAAUGGUAAAACUGACAGUACAUAUGUGUCAGUGUGUGUCUCUCUCUAUUCCUACCUCCACUGCACUUGACUGCUGAGCUGUCUGGAACAGUAGCUGUCUGUGCUGCUAAGCCUAGCAUAACUGGGACCAGAAGACCAGGGGACCACACUGCCUGUGCUGGGCCCAGCAGUCCCCUAGGAUAGCAACCUGGAGAUUACAAGCACAGCAGACCACAACACAAAUGACUCAACGGGUGCAAGGCGUGAUAGGAAUGAUCCAAGCUUCAUGCCUUAUGUUUACAUCUGUGUGGGAAUAGUAGUCCUGGUGGUCAUUGUGACAGCAUUUUCUUUCUUCUGUCUACAUGCAUAUAAAGGACCCAGCAGGUCAACAGAAAAUAGAACAAAGAAGCAGGAGAUGUCCACACUGGCAGCACCAUGUCCAGACCUCUCCUUCAACCCUGAGGGAACCUUUCCAUCAUCACCAUCCACCCCAAACCCCGUACAGCCUGCCAAUCUCUAUGACAACGGUCUCUACUGUAACCACAUCAAUGGGGAAAAUGGAGCUCUACCAUCCUCCAACAACAGAGCAGGAGGUCAAGUGUCAAGCCACCUUGUGUAUGCUUCCCUGAACCACGAGACCACCAGGGGGUCCCUGAGAUCACCCCAUAUUCCGACCCCGCAGGAUACGUUCUCUGAGUACGCAGCCAUCCGGGUCUACUCAGCACUGAGAGAGACCUCAGCCAGACCCUAACAGUACAGUGCUGUAAGUUGUGUUCUUUGAUGGUUGUUUUCACACAGAGGAAGAGGAAAGCUGAACAUUUUUGUUUAUGAAAAUUUGACUCAUCGGGGGAUCUGUUUUCAUAUUAUAUUUUUUGGGGGCACUUUGGGGGCGGCAGGGUAGCUUAGUUGUUAGAGCGUUGGACUAGUAACCGGAAGGUUGCAAGUUCAAAUCCCCGAGCUGACAAGGUACAAAUCUGUCGUCCUGCCCCUGAACAGGCAGUUAACCCACUGUUCCCAGGCCGUCAUUGAAAAUAAGAAUUUGUUCUUAACUGACUUGCCUGGUUAAAUAAAGGUAAAAUAAAAAAUAAAAUAUAAUUGUCACGCACUCAAUGACACACACUUCCUGGUGUAAUUGCAACGGUGAGCAAUGUGUUAACCGCAGUGCAGCAGUGUUUGAGAGAAGAAGAUGUAAAGGUGACUGAGAGGUGUUAGAACUAGAGAGCAUGUGCUUCUGAGUGAACAUCCUUCACAUCAGAGUUAGAGGAGCAAAGGUGUCGCUAACUCUCACUUCAAGAUAUUUCACACAUAAUGAUGGGAAAACCAUCAUUUGUUAAUUACUAUCAAGAAAUACAUGGUAUAUUCAAAAGUAUGUGGACACCCAUUCAAAUGAGUGGAUUUGGCUAUUUCAGCCACAUCAUUGCUAGCAGGUGUAUAAAAUUGAGCACACAGCCAUUCAAUCUCCAUAAACAAACACUGUCAGUAGAAUGGCCUUACUGAAGAGCUCAGUGACUUUCAACAUGGCAUCGUCAUAGAAUGCCACCUUUCCAAAUAGUUAGUUUGUCAAAUUUCUGUCCUGCUUGAGCUGCCCGGGUCAACUGUAAGUACUGUUAUUGUGAAGUGAAACGUCUAGGAGCAAAAAAAAUCGCACAGAACGGGACCGCCGAGUGCUGAAGAGCAGCUUGUAAAAAUCGUCUCUCCUCGGUUGCAACACUCACUUCCAAGUACCAAACUGCCUCUCCAAGCAAUGUCAGCUGUUCGUCAAGAGAUUCAUGAAAUGGGUUUCCAUGGCCUAGUAGCUGCACACAAGCCUAAGAUCACCAUGCGCAAUGCCAAGUGUUGGCUGAAGUGAUGUAAAGCUCGCCGCCAUUGGACUCUGGAGCAGUGGAAAUGUGUUCUCUAGAGUGAUGAAUCACGCAUCACCAUCUGGCAGUCCGAUGGAUGAAUUUGUUUUUGGGGCUGAUUUUAAUAGUCUGGGCCAGCAAAAUUGCUGCAGCAAUGACCCAACAUCUAGUGGAAAGCCUUCCCAGAACAGUGGAGGCUGUUAUGGCAGCAAAAAGUUGACCAACUCCAUAUUAUGAUUUCGGAAUUAGAUAUUCGACAAGCAGGUGUCCACAUACUUUUGGUCUUUUAGAGUGUAUUUUAAUGAUAAAAUCCAUUAGCUAUUUUGGUGAUUAUAAGUGAGGAUAUAAAAGUGGGAAAUGAUUCAUACCUAACAUUUUAUGACUCUGUGUGUGUUUAGGUGUGUGUGUGUGUGUGUGUGUGUGUGUGUGUGUGGGUCUGCUUGUGACUCAUUCAGUAAGUGAUAUAUAUGUACAUGAACGAGUUCAUGUGUUAGCAUGUGUGUGCUGGCUACAGGUUAAUGUGUUUGCACGCGUGUGCUGGCUACAGGUUAAUAUGUUAGCAAGCGUGUGCUGGCUACAGGUUAAUGUGUUAGCAAGCGUGUGCUGGCUACAGGUUAAUACGUUAGCAUGCGUGUGCUGGCUACAGGUUAAUACGUUAGCAUGCGUGUGCUGGCUACAGGUUAAUACGUUAGCAUGCGUGUGCUGGCUACAGGUUAAUACGUUAGCAUGCGUGUGCUGGCUACAGGUUAAUACGUUAGCAUGCGUGUGCUGGCUACAGGUUAAUACGUUAGCAUGCGUGUGCUGGCUACAGGUUAAUACGUUAGCAAGCGUGUGCUGGCUACAGGUUAAUACGUUAGCAUGCGUGUGCUGGCUACAGGUUAAUACGUUAGCAUGCGUGUGCUGGCUACAGGUUAAUACGUUAGCAUGCGUGUGCUGGCUACAGGUUAAUACGUUAGCAUGCGUGUGCUGGCUACAGGUUAAUACGUUAGCAUGCGUGUGCUGGCUACAGGUUAAUAUGUUAGCAUGCGUGUGCUGGCUACAGGUUAAUACGUUAGCAAGUGUGUGCUGGCUACAGGUUAAUGUGUUUGUAUGCGUGUGCUGGCUACAGGUUAAUACGUUAGCAAGUGUGUGCUGGCUACAGGUUAAUACGUUAGCAAGUGUGUGCUGGCUACAGGUUAAUACGUUAGCAAGCGUGUGCUGGCUACAGGUUAAUACGUUAGCAAGUGUGUGCUGGCUACAGGUUAAUACGUUAGCAAGCGUGUGCUGGCUACAGGUUAAUACGUUAGCAAGUGUGUGCUGGCUACAGGUUAAUACGUUAGCAAGCGUGUGCUGGCUACAGGUUAAUAUGUUAGCAAGCGUGUGCUGGCUACAGGUUAAUAUGUUAGCAUGCGUGUGCUGGCUACAGGUUAAUACAUUAGCAUGCGUGUGCUGGCUACAGGUUAAUGUGUUUGUAUGCGUGUGCUGGCUACAGGUUAAUAUGUUAGCAUGCGUGUGCUGGCUACAGGUUAAUAUGUUAGCAUGCGUGUGCUGGCUACAGGUUAAUACAUUAGCAUGCGUGUGCUGGCUACAGGUUAAUACGUUAGCAUGCGUGUGCUGGCUACAGGUUAAUACGUUAGCAAGCGUGUGCUGGCUACAGGUUAAUACGUUAGCAAGUGUGUGCUGGCUACAGGUUAAUACGUUAGCAAGCGUGUGCUGGCUACAGGUUAAUACGUUAGCAAGUGUGUGCUGGCUACAGGUUAAUGUGUUUGUAUGCGUGUGCUGGCUACAGGUUAAUAUGUUAGCAAGCGUGUGCUGGCUACAGGUUAAUGUGUUAGCAAGCGUGUGCUGGCUACAGGUUAAUGUGUUAGCAAGCGUGUGCUGGCUACAGGUUAAUACGUUAGCAAGCGUGUGCUGGCUACAGGUUAAUGUGUUUGUAUGCGUGUGCUGGCUACAGGUUAAUGUGUUUGUAUGCGUGUGCUGGCUACAGGUUAAUACGUUAGCAAGCGUGUGCUGGCUUCAGGUUAAUAUGUUAGCAAGCGUGUGCUGGCUACAGGUUAAUACGUUAGCAAGCGUGUGCUGGCUACAGGUUAAUGUGUUUGUAUGCGUGUGCUGGCUACAGGUUAAUACGUUAGCAUGCGUGUGCUGGCUACAGGUUAAUACGUUAGCAAGCGUGUGCUGGCUACAGGUUAAUACGUUAGCAAGCGUGUGCUGGCUACAGGUUAAUGUGUUUGUAUGCGUGUGCUGGCUACAGGUUAAUACGUUAGCAAGCGUGUGCUGGCUACAGGUUAAUACGUUAGCAAGCGUGUGCUGGCUACAGGUUAAUGUGUUUGUAUGCGUGUGCUGGCUACAGGUUAAUGUGUUUGUAUGCGUGUGCUGGCUACAGGUUAAUGUGUUUGUAUGCGUGUGCUGGCUACAGGUUGGGGAGCAUUCCAUGGUUUAUGUAAAAUGUUGAGCUCACUAUAUUCUGUAACCCAAACAGUGAGUCACUGCAAAUAGAUAUGUUCUCCCUCUUCAGAGACUAUGGAAAUGUCAUGUAAAUGUAACAUGAAUGAAAAUGACCGUUUCUCUAUGGCUAUAUGAAGAUGACUGUUUCUUUAUGGCUAUAUGAUGAUGACUGUUUCUCUAUGGCUAUAUGAAGAUGACUGUUUUUCUAUGGCUAUAUGAAGAUGACUGUUUCUCUAUGGCUAUAUGAAGAUGACUGUUUCUCUAUGGCUAUAUGAAGAUGACUGUUUCUCUAUGGCUAUAUGAUGAUGACGGUAAUACUUUGCGUAAAUGUGAUGUUAUGUUGGUGUGGCAUGAUUGUGAUCAAGCGGAACAUACAGUGACACAUUUUAGUCUCAGUUAUUGUUGGGUUGGAAACAUCUUACAGUAGUUUGAAACCUCACAAUUUAAAAUUAAGGUUACAUGAUCACUAUGCAGCUCAACUCAAUUACAAUACAUUCACCAGAGACUAGUGAUGUCCCUCAUUGUGUUGUAAAUUGUGACAGUCAUAGAGUAUUACCAUAUGAAGAAGGAAUGGCUGUUUUUUGAGAGUGCAGAAUGAAGCUUUGGUCUUGUCUUACUGGUAAUGCCUUUGGUCCCUACACUGCUUCCGUAUGUGUUCUGGUAAAAUCCUGAGUGAGUGAGUGGUUACUGUAAAGUACUGGGGUUUUCUUUGUGCACCAGAUACAGACCCUGUCCUGCACAAGGCUGUGUGCUUGUGGUUUAAAAACACAGUGCACAGGAAGUGCUAGGAGCAGCCCACCACACCAAGACAGCGAGAAACUCUAUGCUCUUAGAGAUGAUGUUAAUUCAGAGAGAAACUCUAUGCUCAAAUAGAUUGUUUAUUCAGAGAAACUCUAUGCUCAGAGAGAUAAUGUUUAUUCAGACAGAAACUCUAUGCUCAAAUAGAUUGUUUAUUCAGAGAGAAACUCUCUGCUCAAAUAGAUUGUUUAUUCAGAGAGAAACUAUGCUCAGAGAGAUAAUGUUUAUUCAGACAGAAACUCUAUGCACAGAGAGAUAAUGUUUAUUCAGACAGAAACUCUAUGCUCAGAGAGAUGAUGUUUAUUCAGAGAUAAACUCUAUGCUCAAAUAGAUUGUUUAUUCAGAGAUAAACUCUAUGCUCAGAGAGAUAAUGUUUAUUCAGACAGAAACUCUAUGCUCAAUUAGAUUGUUUAUUCAGAGAGAAACUCUAUGCUCAGAGAGAUAAUGUUUAUUCAGAGAGAAACUCUAUGCUCAGAGAGAUAAUGUUUAUUCAGAGAGAAACUAUGCUCAGAGAGAUUAUGUUUAUUCAGAGAGAAACUCUAUGCUCAGAGAGAUAAUGUUUAUUCAGAGAUAAACUCUAUGCUCAGAGAGAUAAUGUUUAUUCAGAGAGAAACUAUGCUCAGAGAGAUUAUGUUUAUUCAGAGAGAAACUCUAUGCUCAGAGAGAUAAUGUUUAUUCAGAGAUAAACUCUAUGCUCAGAGAGAUAAUGUUUAUUCAGACAGAAACUCUAUGCUCAGAGAGAUUGUGUUUAUUCAGAGAUAAACUCUAUGCUCAGAGAGAUAAUGUUUAUUCAGACAGAAACUCUAUGCUCAGAGAGAUAAUGUUUAUUCAGACAGAAACUCUAUGCUCAGAGAGAUUAUGUUUAUUCAGAGAGAAACUCUAUGCUCAGAGAGAUAAUGUUUAUUCAGAGAUAAACUCUAUGCUCAGAGAGAUAAUGUUUAUUCAGACAGAAACUCUAUGCUCAGAGAGAUGAUGUUUAUUCAGAGAUAAACUCUAUGCUCAGAGAGAUAAUGUUUAUUCAGAGAUAAACUCUAUGCUCAGAGAGAUAAUGUUUAUUCAGACAGAAACUCUAUGCUCAGAGAGAUUGUGUUUAUUCAGAGAUAAACUCUAUGCACAGAGAGAUUAUGUUUAUUCAGAGAGAAACUCUAUGCUCAGAGAGAUUAUGUUUAUUCAGAGAGAAACUCUAUGCACUGAGAGAUUAUG